AUGCGAAUUGCCAACCUACUUGUCGCUGCCUGCACGGCAUCAACAGCGCUUGCAUGGGGAUCUCUAGGUCAUCGCACUGUUGCUUACCUUGCCUCGCUGUACCUGACGCCUGAAGCAACGAGAUGGACAAAUCGUUUGCUUAAUGGGCAAGAUAUCUCAGAAGCCGCCCUAUUCCCUGACAAAAUCGCCCAUAUCCCCAUCUUCGCCUACACCCGCGCCUGGCACUACAUCGACGCCGCUGACGACCCACCCCGCCUCUGCGCCAUCAACAUCACCCGCGACUGCCUGCCCCACACCGGCUGCGUCGUCUCCGCCAUCGCAAACCACACGGCGCGCGUCCUCGACCCCUCCCUCCCACGCUUCCUCCAGGCCCAGUCCCUCCGCUUCGUGCUGCACUUCAUCGGCGACAUCCAUCAGCCGCUGCACACGGAGAAGGAGGACCGCGGCGGGAACGGGAUUGAGGUUGUGUUUGACGGGAGAAGGACGAAUCUGCAUAGUGUGUGGGAUAGCCUGAUGCCGAAUAAGUAUCGGAAGCGGGAUGAGUGGUGGCCUGGCCCCCCAGGGGAUCCGAGGCGGGAGAGGGAGGAGGAGGCAAGUUUCUUGUGGGCGAAGGAGUUGUUCGAUUCGGAUGGGGAGGCGGGGGAUGUGAGUAGGGAGUGUGUUAGUGAUGCGGCGGAGUGUGCGUUGGAGUGGGCGCAGGAGGCGAAUGGGUAUGUGUGUAGCUAUGUGUUGAGAGAUGAUGUGGAGGGGGUGCAGGCUGGGGAUUUGGGUGGAGAGUACUAUGUGGGUGCUGUGGAGAUUUUGGAUCAGCAGGUGAGGAAUGGUGGGAGGAGGCUGGCUGCUUGGUUGAAUUUGAUGGCUGAUGCUACUGGGGAUGAGGCAAGUGAUGGGAUGCUCAUCGUGCAGGAUGAGUUGAAGUAG